AUGUUGGGUCGUCAAGAAGAUAAAUUAUGUGGAAUGUUCUCUGCUCUGGCGGCUUUGUCCUUCUUCUUCUGCUUUGUUCAAAGCUCUUCCACUGGAAGCACCGGAAUGUCUCUGGCCAAGACCACCGUGGACAAGUUGCUGAAGGGAUAUGACAUCCGUUUAAGGCCUGAUUUUGGAGGUCUUCCAGUCAUCGUAGGAAUGAGCAUCAACAUAGCGAGCAUCGACUCCAUCUCAGAAGUGAACAUGGACUACACCAUCACAAUGUAUUUCCAGCAGAGCUGGCGGGAUAAGCGUUUGGCCUACAGCGAGAUGAAGCUCAACCUGACUCUGGACAACCGUGUAGCAGACCAGCUUUGGCUCCCUGACACCUACUUCCUUAAUGACAAGAAGUCCUUUCUGCACGGUGUGACCGUGAAGAACCGCAUGAUCCGACUGCACCCAGACGGCACCGUGUUAUACGGGCUCCGAAUAACCACCACGGCUGCGUGCAUGAUGGACUUGAGGAGGUACCCUCUCGAUGAACAGAACUGCACCCUGGAGAUAGAAAGCUAUGGAUAUACCACGGAUGACAUCGUAUUCUUCUGGCAAGGAGGAGACAACGCUGUGACGGGCGUCGACAAGUUGGAGUUACCUCAGUUUUCCAUUGUAGACAUCCGUCUAGUGUCCAGAGAGGUCAUGUUUACCACAGGUUCAUAUCCAAGGCUUUCGCUGAGUUUCAGGAUUAAGAGGAACAUUGGAUAUUUCAUCCUGCAGACAUACAUGCCCUCCAUCUUGAUCACCAUCCUCUCCUGGGUCUCCUUCUGGAUCAAUUAUGAUGCCUCUGCAGCUCGGGUGGCCCUGGGUGUGACAACGGUGCUUACCAUGACAACAAUUAACACCCACCUUAGGGAGACUCUCCCAAAGAUUCCGUAUGUGAAAGCCAUCGACGUCUACCUCAUGGGCUGUUUUGUGUUUGUGUUCCUGGCCCUGCUCGAAUAUGCCUUUGUAAAUUACGUGUUCUUUGGCCGGGGCCCUGCGCAACAGAAGAAAAUCAAUGAGCGGCUGAACAAAGCCAACAACGAGCGCACAAGAUACGAAGAGAAGCGCCUGAGGGAACAGGACUCCAUUUCCGUGCCGUAUCAAACCAACACCUUCAGGUCAUUUACACAGCGAAGAAAUCUGUAUCUCGAGGAACAAAGAAAAGUUGGGGUGGAUGCUUAUGGAAACAUCCUCCUCACCACACUGGAGAUGAACAACGAAGUGAUGCCUUCUGACGUGGGAAGCAGCGUCAGUGACUCUCGGAAUUCGGUCAUGUCCUUCGACAGCUCCGGGGUCCAAUUCAGGAAGCCCAUGGCGCCCCGCGAUGGCUUCAGCCACCACUCGCUGGAUCGGAGCGCCAUGCGGAGCCGGGCCAACUGUCGGCUACGACGACGCUCCUCCAAGCUCAAGUUGAAAAUUCCAAACCUGUCAGAUGUUAGCACCAUUGACAAGUGGUCCCGGGUCAUUUUCCCUAUCACUUUUGGAUUUUUCAACCUAAUCUACUGGUUGUACUAUGUGAAUUGA